AUGGCAGCCGCUCAGCAGAAGCCGCUCCUGGGUCUCUUCCCCGCCAUCUUCAACCUGGCCAGUAAUGCAGAGAUCACCAACGCCACCUGUGGAGAGCCUGAGCCAGAGAUGUACUGUAGUGUGGAACACGUACCAGGACGACGCAUCCGCAACUCCCAGUGUCGGACCUGUAAGCCCAGAGUCAAAACCCCAAAGGUACUGGAAGCAACAUCAAUCACCAACGCCAUUGACGGCACCAACGGGUGGUGGCAAAGCCCCAGCAUUAAAUAUGGCAGACAGUUCCACUGGGUGACCCUCACACUAGAUUUACACCAGAUUUUCCAGGUGGCGUACGUCAUCAUCAAGGCAGCCAACUCUCCUCGUCCUGGUAACUGGGUGCUGGAGCGAUCAAUGGACGGUGUGGAUUACACACCCUGGCAGUACUACGCCAUCAGCGACACAGAAUGUCUGACCCGUUACAACAUCACCCCCCGCCUCGGACCCCCCACCUACAAACGAGACGACGAGGUUAUCUGUACCUCUUACUACUCGCGGCUCGUACCCCUGGAGCACGGAGAGAUCCACACGUCUUUGAUCAACGGGCGGCCCAGUGCUGACCAACUGACCCCAGAGUUGCUGGRCUUCACCUCAGCCCGCUACAUCCGCCUGCGUCUGCAGAGAAUCCGCACGCUCAACGCCGACCUCAUGACCCUGAGCUACCACGACCCCAAGGAGGUGGACCCCAUUGUCACCAGACGGUACUACUAUUCAAUCAAGGACAUUUCAGUGGGUGGGAUGUGCAUCUGUUACGGACACGCCCAGAGCUGUCCUUGGGACCCCGUUGCCAAGAAGUUGCAGUGUGUAUGUGAGCACAAUACCUGUGGGGAGAGCUGUAAUGAGUGUUGCCCCGGCUACCACCAGGAACCGUGGCAACCGGGAACCCUCUCCGAUGGCAACACAUGCGAGAAAUGUAACUGCCAYGACAAGGCCAACGACUGCUACUUUAACCAGACGGUGGCCAACCUCAAGAUGAGCACGAACUCACAUGGUGACUUCCAUGGCGGGGGCGUUUGCAUCAGCUGUACCCAGAACACGGCCGGUGUCAACUGUGAGACCUGCGCAGAUGGCUUCUACAGACCCAACAAGGUGUCUCCGCACAAUGAGAACCCAUGUGUGGAGUGCAGCUGUGACAUGAAGGGGUCUUUGACUCCUGCCUGUAUCAGAGAUGACAACCACGCCAAGCCUGAGAAUGGUCUGAACCCAGGCCAGUGUCUGUGUACGGAGGGCUUUGCGGGCGAGCGCUGUGACCGCUGUGCCUUUGGCUACAGGGACUUCCCCCUKUGUUCACGCUGUGAGUGCAGUCUGGAGGGCAGCCUCAACAUCGACCCCUGCACAGAGUGCAUCUGCAAGGAGAACGUGAUGGGGGCCGUCUGUGACCUGUGUAAGCAGGGUUUCUUCAACCUGGAGGGCAGUGACCCAGAGGGCUGCACUGARUGUUUCUGCUUCGGUGUGUCUGACGUGUGUGAGAGCUCACCCUGGUCUAUGUCUCAGACUGUGCACUCCAAUGGAUGGCUUAAUUCUGAAAGCGUCUCUGUCUACACGGCACCCCUCAUAGAUGAAGACAACAACCUCAUCAUCCCAAACAUCACCAUGAUCCAAUCGUACCGUUUUGUUUCUACAUGGGCCGCCCCAGAGUCCUUCCUGGGGAAAAGGGGGAACGGAAGGACCCUGCGUCAGAUGCCCCCCAGGCAGCUCUUGCUGACGCCCCUGCGUGAGCAGCAUGUUUCUGUGGAGCUCUUGCCACAGGGCUUCGUAGACCUGCACACAGGUCAGAGGGUGGACAGGGACGAGCUGAUGACUGCACUGGCCGACGUGGCCGGGCUGAGGAUCAGAGGUCACCUCAAUGCCAGCGCAGAGGGGGAACUCAGGUUGAGCACUGUAUCUCUGGACAUGGUAGACAUCAAUUCUACUAACACAGUCCAGGCCCGGGACGUGGAGCAGUGUGAGUGUCCCUUGGGCUACUCUGGCACAUCCUGUGAGUCCUGUUCAUCUGGGUUCUAUCGCGUCGGGGGGAUCCUGUUCGGGGGCAACUGUCUCCAGUGUGAGUGUAACAACCAUGCUACGGAAUGUGACAUCAACGGAGUGUGUCUGGACUGUACUCACAAUACCACUGGGCCCCACUGUGACCAAUGCCUCCACGGUUACUAUGGCAACCCCUCUGAGGGCACCCCGGAGGACUGCCAGAGAUGCGCUUGCCCGCUGACAGUGGCAACGAACAAUUUCAGCCCCACCUGUCUCCUAGAGGGCCCUGGGCAGGUGACAUGUGACCAGUGUCAGCAGGGCUACACUGGGACUAAGUGUGAGAGGUGUGCUAACGGUUACCAAGGCGACCCGACGGUGGCAGACCAGGAGUGCGUGGUGUGUGAGUGUAACGGUAACGUGGACCCCUGGGAGCCGGGCCACUGUGACACUAGCAGCGGUGUGUGUCUGAAGUGUCACAGCCACACCAGCGGAGACCAGUGUGAGAGGUGUGAGGACAGCUACUACGGUGACGCCAUCACCGCCAAGAACUGCCAGGCUUGUGGUUGCCAUGAAAAAGGGUCGUACUCGGGAGUGUGUGACCUGCUCACUGGACAGUGUACCUGCAAACCCAACGUGGUGGGAGAGAAGUGUGACCAGUGUCAGGUGGGCUUCCACGGUCUUCUCAACGGACAGGGGUGCAGAGAAUGUGACUGUAUCCAGUCAGGAUCUGUGUCCAUGGCCUGUGAGGAAGAUGGGAGGUGCCAAUGCAUCCCAGGGGUGGCGGGGGACAAGUGUGACCGCUGUCAUCACAGUUACUUUAACUACCAGGGCAGCGGCUGUACACAGUGUGAGUGUGCCCACACCCAUGGCAACUGUAACAUGACAACAGGCGAGUGUAUCUGUCCUCCCCACACCAGAGGAGAGAAGUGUGAUCUGUGUGAGGAAGGUCACUGGGGUCACGACACUGUGACAGGCUGUAAGUCAUGUAACUGCAGUGAGAUGGGCAGCUAUGCCACCCAGUGUGGCAUCACCAACGGGCAGUGCCAGUGCCGCUCUGAUUUCGCUGGGCAGAACUGUGACCGCUGUGCCAUGGGCUACAGGGGCUACCCAGAAUGCACGGUGUGCAACUGCAACAUCAACGGCACCAGAGAGGAGUUCUGUGAUGAAGAAGUGGGCGUGUGCAGCUGUGAGGCCCCAGGGAACUGUGUGUGCAAGGACAAUGUGGGCGGAGGUGGCUGUGAUGAGUGUAAGAAGGGAACCAUGGGCCUAUCUGUUUCUAACCCGGCCGGCUGCAGCCCCUGCUUCUGUUUCGGGGUCUCCUCAGACUGUGAGGAGCUGGGUGGGAUGGUCCGRGUGCCGAUCACACUGGGUUCUGACCCAGAGCUGCUGCGUGUGGUCAGUCAGAGUGACCUCCAGGGCAGUGUAGUGGGGGUCUACUACCAGAACCCAGACAUGCUGCUAGACACUAGGGACAUAGAGACCCCCAGCCUGGCUGGACCCUACUACUGGAGGCUGCCUAAACACUACCAGGGAAACAAGUUGUUGUCAUACGGAGGGAAGCUAUCCUACGUGGUGGCGUUCUAUGCUAUGGAUGGGGCCGGCCUGGCCAACUACGAGCCUCAGGUCCUGAUGAGGGGGGGUCAUCUGGGGAAGCAGGUCAUCUACAUAGACAUGCCUGCCCCUGACAACGGGGUAACAACCCGUCAGGACGUCCCACUGACCGAGCACAAGUGGAAGUAUUUCAACUCUGUGUCAGAGAAAGCUGUGAGUCACUCUGACUUCAUGGCAGUCCUGAGCAACAAUCGAGUCAUACAUCAAGAACUAUCCAAUAUCACUAUGGAUACGGCCCUAGAGGCGGAGCAAGGGUUUGGAGGGGAUAUGGAAGAGAGAUCUAGACACAGAGAAUGUCUGGGCUGCCAACACAACACAGCAGGGGAGCAAUGUAGCGUGUGUUCCUCAGGGUACUAUGGCGACGUGAAAGGCUCAGUCAGUGACUGCUCGCUGUGUGCCUGCCCCUCAAAGAGAACAGUGGGUGUAUUGUUGUGUGUCAGCUUCAGUCCUACCUGUGCUCUAGAGGGAGUGAUGGGAGACUUCCGCUGUAAYGCCUGCAAGCCCGGCUAUGAGGGGCGCUACUGUGAGAGGUGUGCAGUGGGUUACUAUGGGAACCCGUCAGCUUCAGGUGGGAAGUGUGAAGAGUGUCGGUGUAGUACUGCAGGUUCUCUCCAUCCAGCGUGUGACUCUCUGACGGGCCAGUGUGAAUGUAAAGCCGGGGUCAGGGGACACCUGUGUGACCAGUGCGAGGCAAGACACGUCCUGGCCGGGGACCAGUGUGUCUUGUGUGAUGAUGAGUGUACCAGGGUGCUCCUGGAUGACCUGGAUGCAGUAGAGCGCUCCUUCCUGUCUGUCAACCUGACCGGGGUCAUCCUGUCACCCUACAGCACACUGGUCAACUUGGAGAACGACACGCAAGAGGUCAAGACUCUGAUGUCUUCGAAUAGGAGCCCAUCUUAUCACCUGACCAGGGAUGAGGAGGACAUGACAAAYCUCACCCAGGACAUAGACGGACUGCUACAGAAGGCUAUGGGUGUGUCUGCUGAUGGAGAGGAAGUGGCCCGGUCCACAGAGAACAGCGUUACCCAGGGGGCCGAGCUUCUGGAGUACAUCAACACCAUUCGGACUGCUAUACAAGCCCUGGCGGAGCAAGCUGGCCGUCUGAACAGGACAGACAACGUGGAGAUGAACGAGGCUAAGAGCAGACAGCUAAUGAAGCAGGUGGCGGCCAUGUUGGAAACAAUCAGAGUGGUCGACCUAGCCCAGGCCAACGCCAGCGUCUCGACAGAACUCUGGGCUGCCGAGGCUCUCCUCCAGAGGGUGCAGAAGGACCUCCAGGAGCCCCAGGGAGUGAUAGAGUUCCAGACCCUCAACAUCUCCAGUAGUCUGACCCAACACCACCAGCAGCUAGUGGGCACCCAGGCCCUUCUGAAMACUGCCAGGGRGAACAACAACCACAUACACACCCUGCUGGGCAGCAUCAACACCAAUCUGCCACAGUACCAGGRUCUGAAGCAGAAUGUGAGCCGGCUGAACCAGACAGCAGAAACCCAACURGAGGAGACUCAGGACAUCCUGGCUGAUGCUGUCAAUAUAGCAGAGGACAUGGGUAACAUCACCUCUCAACUGGAGGGGGCCAAGGAACAGCUGGAGCAGUGGAACCCCAUGUUGAGGAAGCAUGUGGAUGCUCUGGUGAAACUGAGGAAGCAAGAGGCUCUGGAGCUGGUCUACAAGGCUGAGGACCACGCCCAAGAACUUAGCAAGAAGGCCCAGGCUCUGCAGAGUUCUCUAGCGGAGGUGAUGAAUACCACUCUGAAAGCCACCAGUGCAGCGCAUGCCAACUCUAACAUCAGAGUUAACAUCCAGCCUGCAGAGGAGAUGGCUAACCGAGCCAUCCUGACUGCUGCUACGGCCCUCAACAUGGUGAGUCUCCUCGCUAACAUCCGUGAUGUGACAGACAGAAUGGCAUUGUUGAUAAAUCAUCUCCAUAACAGCAGCAGACUGACCCCAGAGCCAGCCUUCCUGCUCCAUAGCCUGCCCAACGGCACCAGUGAGCAGGUGCUGGAGGCCAAAGAGCAGGCUGCCAUGGCCAACUCCUCCCUGCAGAGGGCACUGGAGCGCCUGGAGGAGCUCAGGGUCAGACUGGAGGAGUCCAGCAAGGCAGUGGCCCAGGCCAAAACCAGCGUCUCCAAAACCAACCAGCUGUUCUCUGACUCACACUCCACCGCCAGGACAGCUGAGUCUAAGCUGAAGGAGGCAGAGAGUCGUACCGAGAGGCUGUAUGACCGUCUUAAACCCCUGAAGAUCCUGGGGGAAAACCUGAGCAGAAACCUGUCUGAGAUCAGAGAGAUGAUCAACCAGGCCCGUAAACAGGCUGCCUCGAUCAAGGUGUCAGUGCUGGCAGACAAAGACUGUGUGAGGGCCUACAAGCCUGAGAUGUCCUCCAGUAACUUCAACACUCUAACUAUGACCGUCAAGACCAGCGARCCUGACAACCUGCUCUUCUAUAUGGGCAGCAGCUCCAGCGUGGACUUCAUGGCGGUGGAGAUGCAUCAUGGCAAGGUGGGGUUCUUGUGGGAUGUGGGUUCAGGCCACGCCAAACUGGAGUACCCYGACAUCCAGAUCAACAACAACAAGUGGCAUCGCAUCAACGCCACGCGCUUUGGGAGGCACGGCACGCUGUCAGUCCACCAGCUGGAUGACUCAGACCCCCUGCCCGCGGUCAAGACCACCUCACCACGCUCUGCUACUGUCCUGGAUGUCAACAAGUUUACCCUCAUAUUUGUUGGCGGCCUGGGAGGCCAGAUCAAGAAGUCCUCCGCGGUGAAGAUGACCCAGUUCAAGGGCUGUAUGGGGGAGGCGUCGCUCAACGAGAAGAACAUCGGGCUGUGGAACUACGCCGAGAGGGAGGGCCAGUGUCGCGGCUGCUUCAUGAGUCCCCAGACGGAGGAGACGUCCUUCCACUUUGAUGGYAGUGGCUACUCAGUUGUAGAGAAACCCCUCCGCUCCACCUCCACCUCCAUCGUACUGCUGUUCAAGACCCUCUCCCCCAACGGCCUGCUGCUCUACYUGGCCUCCAACGGCACGAGGGACUUCCUGUCCAUUGAGCUGGUGGAGGGCCAAGUGCAUCUAACCUUUGAACUUGGCUCUGGUCCUCUGACCCUCUCCUCCAACAAAGCCUAUAACACUGGCAGCUGGUACAAGAUCACCCUGCAGAGGAACAAACGCAAAGCUUAUAUAUCGGUGAUGGCUGCAGACUCAUCAGACAAAGAGAUUAUAGAGGCAGAGUCUCCUGGGUCCGCCUCUGACCUCAACCGCUCCGACCUGGACCCAAUCUACAUCGGGGGAUUGCCCAUGUCUCGACCAAUCAGGAGACAAGUAGUAGCACGGUCCUAUGUGGGCUGCAUCAAAAACAUGGAGAUCGCCCGCUCCAACUUUGACCUUCUCCGAGACUCCUAUGGUGUCAAGAAAGGCUGUGUGUUAGAGCCAAUCCGCAGUGUGUCUGUACUGAGAGAGGGCUAUGUGGAGCUGCCAUCAAURUCUCUUGGCUCCCAGGGGGAGCUGCUGGCCUCCUUCUCCACCCGCUACCACACUGGCAUCAUCCUGGCAGGCUUCAGCAAGGGAGGCACCCGCAGACGCAGACAGGCACGACAGCCCUUCCUGGCGGUCAUGCUGGUGUCGGGGCACUUGGAGGUUCACGUCAGCAUGGUGGAGGGCGGGAGCGUCCACAAGGUUGUGGUCAAAUCACGCUCUGGGAGCUUCAGUGACGGACAGGAGCACUCUGUCAUCCUACAGAGGAACAGGAAGACGAUGACGGUACUGGUGGAUGAGGACCACCAAGAGACAGUGCGCCUGUCCUCGGAGAAGGCCUCUCUGACCCUCACCUCUCUGUACAUGGGCGGCCUCCCGCCAGAAGAGGGCGCCGGACUGCUACGAACCACUUCCUCCUUCUACGGCUGCAUCAGGAACCUGGCCCUGGAUGCCAAGUUGUUGGACCUGUCAGCUGCGGUGAAGUACCACAACGUGGACAUGGACAGCUGUCUAUUGGAGGAGAGGCCUAAGAGGGUCCUCCUACCUGAUGACACUGACCUGGAGGCCAAGCCCACCCUGGACCCUUCCAGACCCCAUCCACCACCCCCCACUCAGCUCAGCGCUCUCACCCCCGGCACACUCACGUGUGCAUCGAUGGACAACAGCACAUCCCUCCCAGAGGCCAAUCAGUUUGGCAUCUCCAGACACAGUCAUAAGGUCCUCAACAUCAACCCCAACACAGUGAGGAGGAGUUUCUCUCUGGAGCUAUCUGUGCGUACCUUUKCCCAGAGUGGUUUGAUCUACUACAUGGCCCACGCCAACCAGAUGGACUACGCCACUCUGCAGCUGCUGGGGGGUCGUCUGUUCUUCACCUGUGACAAGGGCAGCGGCCCCGCCAUCACCUCCUUCCCUGUGCCGGUCAACGACGGCCAGUGGCACACAGUGAAGACAGACUUCAAUAAGAAGAGAGUGGUAAUCAGUGUAGACAACAAGGCGUCAGCUCCUGUGCCGGUUAAAGGCAACACUCUGGAUGUGGAGAACAAGCUGUACCUGGGAGGACUGCCCCAGACCUACACCGCCAAGAAGAUAGGCAACGUGACCCACAGCUUGGCUGGCUGCAUCCAGAAGGUGAUUCUGAACAGUGUUGAACUUGACACCCAGAGUCCAGUGUCUGAACAGUCUACUGCUCACUGUUUCACUGCAGCCCAGGACGGGACCUUCUUCAAUGGGAGCGGAUAUGCUGCUCUGAUGAAAGAGGGGUACAAUGUGGGCUCAGACGUGACGGUGGCGCUGGAGUUCCGCAGCACGGCGCCUGACGGUGUCCUCCUGGGGGUCAGCAGCGCCAAGGUGGACGCCAUCGGCCUGGAGCUGGCCAGCGGACAGGCGGCGUUCCACGUGAACAACGGCGCCGGGCGGGUGUCRGCCACGUUGCGGCUGGGCCGGUGGCUGUGUGACGGCCGCUGGCACACCCUGCUGGCCAAGAAGACCAAGAAYGCUCUGAGUCUGAGCGUGGACGGGGUCACGGUGCUCACUGACAACCMCCACCCCCAGUCCACCUCCGCUGAGACUAAGGACCCGGUCUACGUGGGAGGCUUCCCUGUCGGAGUGAAACARAACUGCCUGACGUCCAGAUCGCCGUUCCGUGGUUGUAUGCGUAACAUCCGCCUGAUCAAGGGCCACGUGAUCGACUUCCUKGACUUCAGUACCGCAUUCACCCUCCAAGGAGUGUCUCCACACUCCUGCCCCGGUACCGCCACAUAAUCUUACCACAACCAUAUCUAAUGCUAUGACCCUCAAAAAAAAGUGACCAAUGAAAUUACUUCUGUUUUGUUUUUUUACAUGAUUCCAGAAAGUGUGUGCAUUUUGACUCCCCCAAAUGAAUUGGACAGUAGAAUGUCUGAUGUUCUAGAAAAUGUAUAUUUGUUAAUAAAAUAAGUAAGCCAUCUG